CAACGCAAUUGGGUUCCAAACAUGGAUAUAUAGUAUAGAUACUGUAAGUGUAAAGUGAGAAGUUUCCUGAGGGAGGAAUGAAAAUAUGAAAAUUUUGUCUGUGUGUGUAGAUAGUCAGAUUAUUACAUAGCUAGCUACCCAAUUAUAAGCUGCAAACAAAAUAUCAAACGGGUGGCCCUCCAUUCUCAUCAUCCUAUAUAUAGAACAACAUAUCACCAUUUUCCUUCCACAAUCCACCAAUCCCUUCUCUCCCUCCACACAUUAUCACUAAACUAUCUCUUUCGUUUCCCUCUCCUCACCCUCAAUUCAGAAUGGGAAGUACUGGGAAAACUAACUAUGGAGAAUACACCUAUGAGAAUCUUGAGAGAGAGCCUUAUUGGCCAUCAGAAAAACUUAAAAUUUCAAUCACUGGUGCCGGGGGUUUUAUUGCGUCUCACUUAGCGCGUCGCCUUAAGACCGAGGGACAUUACAUUAUUGCUUCUGAUUGGAAGAAGAAUGAGCACAUGACUGAGGAUAUGUUCUGUGAUGAAUUCCAUCUUGUUGAUCUUAGGGUCAUGGAUAACUGUUUAACAGUUACGAAAGGGGUUGACCAUGUUUUCAAUCUUGCCGCUGAUAUGGGUGGAAUGGGUUUUAUUCAGUCCAAUCAUUCUGUUAUUAUGUAUAAUAACACUAUGAUUAGUUUCAAUAUGAUUGAGGCUGCUAGGAUUAAUGGCAUUAAGAGGUUCUUUUAUGCCUCGAGUGCUUGUAUCUACCCUGAAUUUAAACAGUUGGAAACUACUAAUGUGAGCUUGAAGGAGUCUGAUGCAUGGCCUGCUGAGCCACAAGAUGCGUACGGGCUAGAGAAGCUUGCAACAGAGGAGAUAUGCAAGCACUAUAACAAAGAUUUUGGAAUUGAGUGCCGCAUUGGGAGGUUCCAUAACAUAUAUGGUCCUUUCGGGACAUGGAAAGGUGGAAGGGAAAAGGCUCCUGCUGCUUUUUGUCGUAAAGCAAUCACAUCCACAGACAAAUUCGAGAUGUGGGGAGAUGGUUUACAGACACGGUCAUUCACCUUCAUUGAUGAGUGUGUUGAAGGUGUGCUUAGACUGACUAAAUCCGACUUCCGUGAGCCGGUAAAUAUUGGAAGUGAUGAAAUGGUCAGCAUGAAUGAAAUGGCUGAGAUUGUUCUUGGUUUUGACAACAAGAAGACUCCUAUCCAUCACAUUCCAGGUCCAGAAGGUGUUCGUGGUCGUAACUCAGACAAUACACUUAUAAAAGAGAAACUUGGCUGGGCUCCAACAAUGAAGUUGAAGGAUGGUUUGAGGAUUACAUACAUCUGGAUUAAGGAGCAGCUUGAAAAGGAGAAUGCUCAAGGUAUUGAUACAUCAGGAUAUGGAUCAUCAAAAGUGGUGCAAACCCAAGCUCCAGUUCAAUUAGGCUCACUUCGGGCCGCAGACGGCAAAGAGAGUGGUUAAUUCAUGGCAGUAGCAGUCAAGUAAAUGUUUCAGGAAAAGGGUUGGCUUUAUAUUGCAGCUUAAUAGAGUUCUGUAUCAUGGUUAUUAGCUCUUUGCAGGUUAUUUAUGCAAAGAUCAGAAUCGUUGAUGUAUUUUAUUUAUAUCACCUUUUUUAAAGCACUUGUCGGCGCUUGAGGUGGUUUACUUGCACUAGAAGUUCUAAAUCAUUUGUUUUUAGUCUCAAUCUUUGAUUUAAUAAGCGCACAACUCUUUUCUUCAUUGUGAUUUGUGAAAUUCAAUGUAAUUGAUAUUCAUGUUGUUUCUUAA